GGCAUUGCCUCACAGACCUUCCUCAGAGCUGCUUUCAGAAAAGCAAGCUUCUUCUGGUUGGGCCCAGACCUGCCUUGAGGAGCCUGUAGAGUUAAAAUAUGAACCCCACGGAUAUAGCAGACACCACCCUCGAUGAAAGCAUGUACAGCAAUUACUAUCUGUAUGAAAGUAUCCCCAAGCCUUGCACCAAAGAAGGCAUCAAGGCAUUUGGGGAGCUCUUCCUGCCUCCGCUGUACUCCUUGGUUUUUGUGUUUGGUCUGCUGGGAAAUUCUGUGGUGGUUCUGGUCCUGUUCAAAUACAAGCGGCUCAGGUCCAUGACGGACGUGUACCUGCUCAACCUUGCCAUCUCGGACCUGCUCUUCGUGUUCUCCCUCCCUUUCUGGGGCUACUACGCAGCAGACCAGUGGGUUUUUGGGUUAGGUCUGUGCAAGAUCAUUUCCUGGAUGUACUUGGUAGGCUUUUACAGUGGCAUAUUCUUUAUCAUGCUUAUGAGUAUUGAUAGAUACCUGGCAAUUGUGCAUGCGGUGUUUUCCUUGAGGGCGAGGACCUUGACUUCUGGGGUCGUCACCAGUUUGGCUACCUGGUCAGUGGCUGUGUUCGCCUCCCUUCCGGGCUUUCUGUUCAGCACUUGUUACACUGAACGCAACCAUACCUACUGCAAAACCAAGUACUCUCUCAACUCCACAACGUGGAAGGUUCUCAGCUCCCUGGAAAUCAACAUUCUGGGGUUGGUGAUCCCCUUGGGGGUCAUGCUGUUUUGCUACUCCAUGAUCAUCAGGACCCUGCAGCACUGUAAAAACGAGAAGAAGAACAAGGCGGUGAAGAUGAUCUUUGCCGUGGUGGUCCUCUUCCUUGGGUUCUGGACACCUUACAACAUUGUGCUCUUCCUAGAGACCCUGGUAGAGCUAGAAGUCCUUCAGGACUGCACCUUUGAAAGAUACCUGGACUAUGCCAUCCAGGCCACAGAAACUCUGGCUUUUGUUCACUGCUGCCUUAAUCCCAUCAUCUACUUUUUUCUGGGGGAGAAGUUUCGCAAGUAUAUCCUCCAGCUCUUCAAAACCUGCAGGGGGCUUUUUGUGCUCUGCCAAUACUGUGGGCUCCUCCAAAUUUACUCUGCUGACACCCCCAGCUCAUCUUACACGCAGUCCACCCUGGAUCAUGAUCUCCAUGAUGCUCUGUAGAAAAAUGAAAAGGUGAAACGCAGUCAAUGGACUUUCCACAUUGAGAGCUUAGUUAAAAUGAAAGAGAUUCCUGAACCAGCAUGAGGAGAAAGGCUUACACCCACUGUGGACUCAUCCUGCAGGCAUCGUUUCCUCUCCCACUGGACAAGUCCAGCCUGGCAAGGGGUCACCUGGGCUGAGGCAUCCUUCCUCACACCAGGCUUGCCUGCAGGCAUGAGUCAGUCUGAGAACUCUUAGCAGUGUUUGAAUGAAGUUGUAGGUAAUAUUGCAAGGCAAAGACCAUUCCCUUCUAACCUGAACUGAUGAGUUUUUCCAGAGGGAAUUGCAGAGCAUUCGCUGAUGGAAUAAAUGGCUACCUUUUGCUGUGGAAAAUGGGCGCUCUAAUUUCUUGCUUUUAUGGAACAAUAUAGAAAACCGUUUUUCUAAUAAUAUAUCUCAGGCAUAGUAUAUUCCAUUGAGCCGAAUGUAUGAAGAAACAAUUAGCGAAGU